AUGAACAAUGAUGUUGAUAUGCCUUCUUCUGACAUCGAUGACUCGAACGCGGAUCUAUACGCGAUGGACCUUCCUUUAUCGCUCGCCGGUGAACUGGCCGCACAGCAGACCACAGUUCGUUGCGCAAAUGUCAGCGGUUCAACAGAAUCGGAGCACUUAGAACUUCAAGUUACUGCAGAGCCUCCGCCCAGUCCUCCUUUCUUCAAACCAGCAUCCUGGAACGCGAUCGAUGCCGUCAACGCGGAAUACCAUGCCAAUAUGCAGCAGGAGAUGCAGGAGAUGCAGCAGGAGAUAGCCGCACAAGAGCUUCGCGCUGUGAAGCGUCGUCUAGACCUGCGACAUAACAUCGCUCGCACCGCCAAAAAGAAGAUUUUCGAUUCUGAGCCGCUCGUUGUACCCAGCUCCUGGUCGAUGUCGGGAGUUCCCCUAAAGAGCUUGGUCAAGCAUCCUUUUUUGCUUGAGGAGUACCUGGAAGGCGAGCACUUUUCCCGCGAGGCAAUCAGAAUUCGAAGGGAAUACUUUGAAAUCAAAGACUGUGGCUCACCGGAGAUCAGGCGUCUCGCUGCCAUGGAAGCAGACUACAGAGAAAGCCAGGCGUCACGAUCGUUGCUUGAUCUCCUGCUAGAGGCCAUUCAACAUGCAACGCAAAAGCUCAUCUUGGAGCUUACAGAAGGCGAUAAGACUACGAAGAGACCUGUCUUGGAUCUAUGCCGUCGCCUGGUCGCUCAUUCGACCCACACAGAUGAUGAUGGUGAGCUCAUUCAGGUCGUGGAAGCGAUCAAUGAUAUCGAACGAGGACAUAUGCAGUUGCAAUACGAUAACGUUUUGGAACGGUCCAAGGAAACUUCGUCAACGUCUUCGAUACCUCAUGCAGUCGCUCCACCAGACUCACCACCGCCUCAUCACAUCUGUCUUCCAGCAGAGCCAGCGUCGUCGCCACCACCGGUUGAGACAUCCCCGCCCAAGGAAUCGAGUCGGCUAGCCACCGACAUAGGCCAUUUGACACAUCCCAUCGUCAUGAUGGCCCUCGAACAGCCGCCUGUAGCUUCAAGGCCCGCCGACCUCAAUCCCGCUCCUCACACCAUAAUCCGCCCUGCGGCUUCGAGACCGACGCCUAUCAGGCCGGAAGCGACGCUAUCACCGAAGUCUUCGCUCGCAAAUACUAGCAAGAAACGUCGGGCAAGCCAGGAACUGGCUGCUACAAGCGAUUGCGAAACAAACCCGACCAAACGACCCAACAGGAGUGAGCGUGACGGAAACGCCCACUCCGCGCAAGUCGAAAGUCGCGAUGCCAAUGUCGAAAUAGGUAACACAGCGCGACCGACGUGUCCUACUCCGAGCCCCCAGAUGCAAGCAGCGCUUGCAGAGGCAUGCAGGAAGAGGGAUGAGCGACAAUCGAACCAAUGGCAACUUGUGAUUUACAAGCGCGAUGAGUAUGUCUUCUGGAAGAAAGAGUGGAGAAGAUUUGAAGAUACUGACAAUGAAGCGUAG